AUGGAGAUCCUCAGAAGUUCUCAGAUCUCCAGACAAAGACGAAUCAUUAUCUGCAGUCCAAGAGAUUCCAGAGAUCACCUAAUUAGGAAGAUUUUAGAAAAGGCAAAGUCUUUCAACCUUCUCUCCAACAAAAGACAGAAUUUUAUAUUUGUAGAUCCGAGCUCCUAUCUGGAGCCAUUUUCCGGUGCCACACAGAUGUACCAAUUGGGGUUGUUUUCGGCGAGAGCUUUUCUGUAUGCUUUUCGGUACAUACAGCCAUCGUUUGGUCAACCAUCCCAAGAUGCUAAUAGAGCUACGUCACUAGAUGCUGCUAAAAUAACCACCAUGGCUUUAAACUAUUACAUCUCAACCCAAACUGUUCUCACAAAUGAAUUCUCGGAUGAUAGAUUUUUGGUGGCUAUGAAAAAGGUGAAUAUACCAUUUGGUGAAACAGGUGUGAUAAGGUUUAAUUCUACUGGACAGAGAAUAGAUUACCAGUUAGAUCUAUAUACACAUGGCGGAGAAAAUAUGUACAAAAAGGUAGCAGAUUGGGUACCGUCACCUAAAACAGCUAAUGCUAGGAUGCAAUGGAAACGUUCAAAUAAAGUAUCCCACAGAACAGCUGAGUUUGAUGAAGCCCAGAAACUUGAGAAGAUAUCAUUACAGAAUGUUAGAAUGUUAUUACAUCAGGUAGAAGAAGUUCUGGGUUUGUGGAAAGUUCUAGUUGAUCAUCAGUUCCAUGUAUUAGCUGCAGCUCUUACUAAGGACCAACAGAAUCAGUUACGUUCCAUGACAUUUAAAAACCUGGUAAUUAAUGGGAGAGAGUUAUGUGCAGCAUUAAUAACUUGUCUAAUAACGAGAUUUCUACAAGAUAAUGCUAAGAUAGAUAAUAUCAGUUCUAUAUUACGUAAUGUUUGUCCUAAUUUAUAUAGUACAGAUGAUGCUACCUGUUCUAUGGCUAAUGAAUUACUCCAUGCUUCGAAAGCCAAUCAGAAUCAAGGAGAAAAACAAAGACAGUUAUACGAAGCUUUGAGG